GUGUAAAACAAAUAAAUGAAAAAAGAAAAAAAAAAAGAGUGAAAGAGUGGACAAGAAUCAUAUUUUGUUAAAAUAAAAUCUCAACGGCCUUAUCCAAAAGAGAAGGUGGCCAAAACUUGAAAGCAAUCGAGAGAGAGAGAGCGAGAGAGAGAAAGAGAAACCUUGAGAUUCUGUUUGAGCUGCCAUCGCACGUUAACUCUCUGGGAAGAAGAAUCUCCUCAAAAUCGCACUUUCUUUUUCACCGUUUCAGACUUUUUGCCGCCAUUUCUGACAACACUUUCUUCAGCCCUUCGAUGAGCAGAAAGAAAAAUCCACUCCUCGAUUUCCAUCCACAGCCCAGCCCCCCCACGGACCCCACGACAACGAUUCCAAAGAACAACACAACCAACUGUCUACUUCCUUCCAUUGAGUCACUUCCAAGCCAUCUCGAUUCUUCUUCUUCUUCUUCUUCUUCUUCUUCUUCUUCUUCUUCCUCUUCCUCUCUGGGUGGGAGAGAUUUGGGGAUUUGGAGAUGACGGGUUCGGGUAUGAACUUGGUUACCACUGUGAUCGGGUUCGGAAUGAGUGCCACAUUCAUAGUGUUCGUCUGCACAAGAAUCAUAUGCGGCAGGCUUCGUUCAUCUGAUUCCACCACACCCAAUUACGAGAUUGAGUCCAGACUUGAUCUUGAGCGCCAGCCAGAGUCUCGGCGUAGCGGUCUCGAACCGGUUCUCAUAGCGGCCAUACCUACGAUGAAGUUCAAUCGGGAGGCUUUCAGUUCUGUAGAAGAUGCCCAGUGCUCAAUCUGUCUGGGUGACUAUGAAGAGAAGGAAGUACUGAGAAUAAUGCCCAAAUGUGGUCACAGUUUCCAUCUUUCCUGCAUUGAUGAAUGGCUGAGAAAGCAAUCUACCUGUCCAGUUUGCAGGCUGCCAUUGCAAGAAUCUUUUGUUACAAAACCUGUAAGACCAGUAACUGUGAGCAGAGAUCAAUCUUUUGAUGCUUCUGAGAUUUCUACUGACCAUCAUUCUCGACACUGGCUUAUAUCCGACCCCAGCCGUUCGGAGGGCAACACAAGCAGCCAAGCAUGGGGGCUUGAACCUGUACCUGUACCUGUAAACUCGUCGGUUCAAAGAGAGAUGGAAAUGAGACAAUGAGUAAAUUAUAUUUUCUUCUUGGCCCCAAUGCUGGGUAGGUAGGCGCUUGAUUAUACAAUUGGAUAUCCCAUACUUCUGUACAAAGCAUUGUUUUCAUAUUCUUUUGCAUUGUGUAGUAUAGAUUCAGGCCUUCUCAAACAAUGCAAUGAAUUCUCAUAAUGUUGUGGAUAUUUCCAUAAGUUUCUUCCUCAAUCAAACAUAUUUCAAAUGGAAGUUUGGCAGAAACUUGCAGCAAUGAAGAUUUUUUUGAGUUCUA